AUGUACUGUAAAUCGAUACAGAUAACUCGCGAUAACAGAGAUAAGAAACUCUUGAUGUGUAUUUAAGCGGAGCGUUGACGUACUUUCAGCAUAGUCGAGCUAAUUCUUUCUUGAGUAAAGGUAGAACAGUGCUAGAAUAAAGAUAGAAUCAAGAUGUUUGCGCAAAAGUUUGUAAUCUUCAUGGCUGUGAUGGUGGCCGCAGUAGUAGCGGUGGAAUACGUUCCAAGAGCUUAUUUCGAACCAUUUGCCGCCAACAAAGCUCACAAUCUUACCAUUGGAUACAGAGUACCAGGAGACAGGCUUGUCCUUAGAUCAAACAUCUCAAAAAAAUCUUCAUGGUUGCAAGUCGUGACUACUGAAACAACCCUUAACGUAAGCAGAUACGAUCGCAUCACUAUGGUCGGUGCAUACGAUCAAAAAUCCGAUGGUACGGGAGCUUACGCUAGUCUACUGAAGGGUGGCCCUGGAUACGCAAACGUCACUUUGCGUUUCAAGAGUCAAAGGAAUCAUGGCAUCAACUUCGUCGUCGAAGUUUACGCAAAAUAAUAAGAAGGACAGGAUGUUACUGCUGGACCCGUAAAUUUAUGAUGUCACUGCAACAGUACUAUCUUUCAACGCAUAAUAUUCUCUCGACAAUUCUAUAUUCAUAAUAUAUAACAACAUUUAUAUAACAUUUUUCUGUUAAUUGUAUAACAUCAUUAUUGAAAUUGUCUGUUUCGUAUUAUGCGAUAUUGGAGAAUAAAUAAUAAGAGCUAAGCUCUGAUCAUCUUACAAUUUUAAUUGGAAAUAAAUAUCAAUAUACGUUU